AUGCCGCCCGCUACUCUCGGGCCGUCAAUGUUUAGACAAUCGCUGUCACUAUCACGACUCCCACGAGAAUUCUUCACUUGUCGUCAAUGCCUACAACGGCCCCAGCCAGCGAGAACAGCGCGUCAAUGGAUAGGGACGAGUCAGUUUAGAGGCACUUCGGAGUAUUCCUCUGGUUUGCUAGCUGCGUUUCGAACAAAGCCUUCCAAACCAGUAAUUCCACGGUCGUUUUUCACAACCGCUGCGACGACGGCAGCGGGAGAGACUGUCUCCAAGUCUAAGUUUCCCGAUGUUAGCUCCAAGGGUGUUGCGUACUGGCUGCUGGCGAGUGCGGCAAGUGUCUUUGGCAUUGUUGUGUUUGGCGGCCUAACUCGUCUCACGGAGUCUGGACUUAGUAUAACAGAAUGGAGACCUGUGACUGGCUCUAUACCUCCACUGAACGCAGACGACUGGGAAUCGGAAUUUGCCAAAUACAGAGCAUCGCCGGAGUUCAAGAUGCUUAACCCCAACAUGACCCUCGAGGAGUUCAAGUCGAUAUACUACAUGGAAUGGAUUCACCGUAUAUGGGGUCGCUUUGUCGGUCUUUCUUUCGUUAUCCCCGCUGCUUAUUUCGUUGCAACAAAACGGGUGUCAAAGCCCAUGAGCCUCCGUCUCGCUGGCAUUGCUGGUCUCAUUGGUUUCCAGGGCUUUUUGGGCUGGUGGAUGGUUAAAUCUGGAUUGAAAGAUGACUUGUUUGCGCCGGGUAGCCAUCCUCGCGUUAGUCAGUACCGGCUUACUGCGCAUCUUGGAGCUGCAUUUGUCUGCUAUGUUGCCAUGUUGUGGAACGGGCUGGCUAUUCUACGCUCCCAUCGUCUUCUUGCAGAUCCCAUCAAAGGACUAGAAGUCCUCCAGUCGCUGAAAAAUCCUAAACUAGCCGUCUUCCGCCGCUCUGUGGCUGGUCUUGCACUGCUUGUUUUCGUCACCGCGAUGUCAGGCGGACUCGUCGCAGGUCUUGAUGCUGGUUUGAUCUAUAACGAAGUCCCUUGGAUGGGUGACGGUCUCGCUCCUCCCAAAGAAGAGCUAUUCGAUGAGUUCUACUCCCGAAAGGAAGAUCGAUCCGACCUGUGGUGGAGAAAUAUGCUCGAGAACCCAUCCUUUGUACAGCUUGACCAUCGAAUUCUAGCCAUGACUACGUUCACCUCCGUCAUGUCGCUGUGGGCAUACAGUCGCAUGCCCGCCAUGAAAAAGCUUCUCCCUCGCGCCGCAAAGAAAGGUAUCCACGGAGUUGUAGGAUUCACCGCACUUCAACUGACACUAGGAAUCAGCACACUCCUCUACCUUGUCCCAAUCCACUUAGCAUCCGCCCACCAGGCAGGCAGCCUGUUCCUCCUCACCUGGGUUAUGGUUUUGGGCAGCAGGAUAUGGCAUCCUUCUCGCACCGCAAGGCUCCUACAGCAGGCUGCCAAGGCAAAACCGCUAUCUUCGGCUUCGCAUGCUACCUCUCCUCUUUCACGGAAGCUUUAG